AUUGUGUACUUGUUGUGUAACGAAAUUUGUUUCGAUAUUGGUCGAGAAACCGGCUGCAUGAUGAAAUAUGUUCGAUAGAGCCAUUUAAUACGUCGAUCGUUCGAUUCAUUAAAGUGAUUUUACCCGGUCGAGCUUCAUUUGCAUCAUGGCAAAGUACAUCGCACAGAUUAUAGUCCUCGGCGGUCAGAUCAUCGGCAAAGCCUUCACAAGAGCGCUCAAGCAAGAAAUAGCGGCAUCACAGGAAGCAGCCAAGCGAGCCGGUGGUGGCCAAAAAGGAGCUAACCGUGCCGCCGCGAACCUCAGGACAGGAAUGACGCUGGAAGAAGCGCAGGAAAUACUGAACGUGACCAAACUCGAUCCGGAGGAGGUGAAGAAACAGUUUGACCACUUGUUUGAGGUGAACGAAAAGUCGAGGGGGGGCUCGUUUUAUCUGCAAUCGAAAGUGUUUCGAGCGAAAGAACGAAUAGAUCAGGAGCUGAAACCACAGAAGCCACCAGAAGGGGAAAAGCUUGAUACCGGAACGGGGACGACGGAGCAAAAACCGUGAGAUUGAUGGCAGUGUGGGAACGGAAUGUGAAAAAAGUGUGGUCUAUUUGUUAAGUAAACGAGUUUAUUUAGUGCAACUGAA